AUGGAAGGAUGUCCAGGAGGAAAAGGGAGCCGCGCACACCGCGUGAGAGGCGCCUGUCGGUGUGGCGAGGACUCUGUUCCUGGUGUUGACCCGGACAUUGGUCCCCGAGUGGCGGCACUGCGCACAGGCGCGAUGCGGCUCCUGCCCACUCUUCGACAGGCCUGCACGCGCCCUGCAGAUCACAAGGAACCCUUUGUGUCGGUGGUGCCGCCCCUUCCUCUCACUGAAGAGGCAGGACCGCCCCGACCUCCUCCGGAACCUCCACCUGGCGUGUCCACGGCACCUCCUCGUAGAAUGAAAGGCAGCAGAGCAACGUCGCCCUGCCCAAGCUGCAGCAGCGUCUUCUCGUCCGUCCACAAUAUGAAGGCACACGCCCGACGCACUAACCCUGGCACUCCAAUCGUUGCAGAAGGCCUCGCAUGUGGAUCCUGCGACAGCUCCACGGUCUUCCCAACAAGUGCCUCACGCGCAGGUCAUUACCGAAAAUGUCAAGCGUGUCGACGAGCAAAAAACGGACAACGCACCUCUGCAAGCUCCAAUGACAGCCGUAGCCCUUCAGCCACUCCUCUGCUGCAAGCCCCACCAGCCGCUGAGCCGCCGACAAUCCACGGGAGGCCCUGCCGCACACGCUGUGGGAAUGCCGCCGUCCUCUACAACUGA